AUGUCCUUAAAAAAUUUUUCCAACGAAGACUUAAAUUUAGAUAAAUCAUAUCUAUCGCUAGACGAAAGACCAAAGCCUCAUUUGUCAUUAGAUAGUGAAUCUUUUCCAACUCACAAACUUUCAUCAAAGAAUGAAUGUUCUUUAAAUAAUAUGUCGUCCUUAAAUGAAGAAUCGUCUAAUAUUUUACAUAUGUUUACUCAAAAUAAAAGAAAAAUUAGUAAACUACCCAAUGUUAAUACUAAAAAAAGAUCUAAACUGGGAAAAAGUUGGGUAUGGAAAUAUAUGAAAAAAGAUAAACUUAACAAAAAAAUUAGAUGCCAAGUAUGGGUUGGCGAUAGUGACAAAAAGCAACAAUGUCUAAAUCCUUUUGAACUCAAAACCAGUACAACAAAUUUAGUAUCUCAUCUUCAAGCCGAUCAUAGAUUAGAUAAAAAUAGACCUUUAUUACCUUUAAGUAGUGUAAAAGAAAUAACUCAACAACUGACUGUUUAA